AUGCUGUCAGAAGGAUUGUUCGUACAAAAUAUUUUUUUAUAUAAUAAUAUAUUGAUACGUGCAGAUCGCCGUGAUGGGAACGAAGGCACAGACUUGUUAGAGUUUGAAUGGAUUGAAGGAGUGAUUGAGUUUUUAAUUGCAGCAGACUUGUUAGAGUUUGAAUGGAUUGAAGGAGUGAUUGAGUUUUUAAUUGCAGCGGGCUAUCUUAGUGUAACGGGCUGGAAGGCUAAUGAUGACAGUCUAGUGUCUUGGACUAAGAGGUCAGUAGAAAAGCAUAUGAAAAUUGAUGGAAAACAAGCUAUCAACCUGAUGGGACCUGUUGAUGGGAGGGAACCAUUUGCUGGUGGUGCAUGUGCAACACACCGACCAAACUUUGGAGUGAAACCUGCUGAUGAAAAAGAAGUGGCAAGAUGUGAUGAUGCUGAGCGAGAAUAUCUUAGGAAAGGGAUUAUAUAUGGAUAUGGUGGUGGUGAUGCUAGCUUUCUUACACUCCAAAUAAUGCAAUUCCAGCUUGGAGCUAGAAACAUUAACCUGAAGCAGGGCCUUGCUGUGGAGAAUUUUGGAGACGGUCGCCUGGACAGACUGCUCUCAGCAGGAGUAGGCCUCGACUGGCAUCCUUGUGUGAUUGCAAGUCUUGCUAGAAAUACUUGUCUCAUUCUAUUUGGGGGAUAUGUACAAAGAAGAUAUGAUUGCAUCUAUUUCAGUGGGCGGAUGAUUGGUGAGAGAUUAAAUGCUUCAUAUAUCCACCAGGAAGUUGCUUCCACCGCACUGCAAUGGUCCUAA